CUUGGCAAUCUCAUCAAACUGGUCAUGACCCAUUUGCAAAAACUCAGGAUAGCAUCUAUUCCCGGCUGGGUUUCUUCUAUUUUUCAUGAAAAUCACCUUAGAUCACCAAGAACCCUAUUUCAGCCAAUUGGGGUUUUCCCCAAUGUCCAAAUCCCUAGAGUUUACAGCACAAAAAUGGCCCCUGAAAUUGAAAACCAUGAAGUUUUGGUUGAAACUUCGACUGCUAAGGGCAGAAGAGCUACUCGAACUCUUCGUUACAUUAAAAAAGAAACGCAGGCUGCAUUGUUGGAGUAUUUGCACAGUACUAGAGGCUUACAUUUCACUGAUGCUGAGAAUAUUAGUAAAAACUGCCCACAUUUUCUAGACAAGCUUUUUCAAAGGGCUGAUUGUGAGAGAGAGAUUAGGCGGUCGAUUGCUCGGUUCUUGCGGUACCACCCUAUUAAUGAAUUUGAACCCUUCUUUGAGAGCUUGGGUUUGAAACCUUCCGAGUAUGUUUCUCUUCUUCCACGCAAUUUGAUGUAUUUGACUGAUGAUGAGUUGUUGCUUCAUAAUUAUACUGUUUUAUCUAAUUAUGGGAUUCCGCCGAAUAAGAUAGGAAAGAUUUACAGGGAAGCAACAGAGGUCUUUCAAUAUGAUUUUCAGGUUUUGGCAUCUAAACUUCAAGCUUAUGAAGAACUAGGUCUUAGCCGUUCUGCUUUAGUUCGCUAUGUUGUUGGUAGUCCUUAUCUUUUGGUUGGGGAUGUCAAUGCAGCAUUUGUUUCAGUAUUGGAAAAAUUGAAGAGUAUUGGAUUUGAAACCAAUAGGAUUGAGGGGAAUUUAUGGGAAGAUAACACUUAUUAUUGGAGCCGGAUGCUUGAAGUUUUGAGUUUGUUUAGUGAGAUGGGUUGCAGUGAUGAGCAGUUGGGCAAGCUACUUCGUCACAACCCAGAUAUUUUAUUUGAAAGUUCGGGGGAAAUGACAGUUUCACUGAUUGGGUUGUUACAAAAAUUUGGAUUUACGAAGAGAGAGUUAUGUUCAAUGUUUCUACAAUUUCCGCAGAUUCCAGUAGCAAAAUUUGUUGCAAAUUUGAGACGGUGCAUUUUGUUCCUGGAUGAGAUUGACAUGAAGGCUGCAGAGAUUGGGAAGAUUGUUCAUUCUCACCCCCUGCUACUGGGUUCGUGCUCUUUGAAAAAAACUAGCAGCUUACUUUGUACUUUGAAUGUCGGGAAGAAACGAUUGUCUCAGUACAUCCAGGAGAACCCACAAGAAUUAAAGAAUUGGGUUUGGGGUAGAAAAAUUGAGUCAUUUCCAGAUUCAGGAGAUGAAGUUAGAUCAAAGGCUGAAAAGACUAAGUUCUUGCUAGACAUAGGAUUUGUAGAAAACUCCAGCAAAAUGAAAGCAGCGCUGAAGGCAUGUCGAGGCAAUGGAGAGGAGCUUCAGGAAAGAUUUGAUUGUAUAGUAAAAGCUGGUUUGGAUUGGAAGGAUGUCUGUGAACUGAUUCAAUCAUGCCCUCAAAAUCUUAACCAGACAACAGAUGUGAUUGAAAUGAAGAUCGACUGUCUUGUAAAUGAAUUGGGUUAUCCCAUAUCAUCCUUGUUGACUGCCACAAGAUAUCUUUCCCAUAAAAUGGAAAGGGUGAAGCUUAGGGUACGCAUGUUCAAUUGGCUCAAAGAUCAUGGAAUAGCUGCUCCUGGGCUUUCCUUGAGCACUCUUAUUUCUUGCUCAGAUAGUUAUUUUAUAAAGACUUAUGUACAUCGUCAUCCUGCUGGUCCUCAAGUUUGGCACGAUCUGAAGAAUGAAAUUGAAUUCAAUUGCUAAAACAUUAGUUGCUUCUCCUUUUAAAUGUCUGCACUGCUGCAUUUCCUAAGUUGGCACUAACCUACUUUUUCAAGUUUCUUUUACAUGACAAGAUUUGGAUAACAGGCAAGAUCACACAUAAAGAGUACAAAGAAGCAAGGUUCAGUUAACACCAUGUUAUAGAAGAGUCUCUUUUUCUUAUAAUGAGAAAAAUGAUAGUUUUAUCUAUAACUUAAUACAUAAUUGACCUGUGUAUCAUAGCAUGACAUUAUCUGAUUUAACUUGAAAAACACUGAUAUAAGUUGCGCCGUUUUCACCCAAGGUUUUUGCCUAAAGAAAUAUUUUCUGAGUAAUGGAAACAAGAUGCAUUGUUAGAAUCACAUAUCAGCUAUUAUCAGUCAAGUUACUCAGCACCUUUGUUUUUCUUCGGCCAUGAGUUGCCAGAGAAUGUUGAAGAAUUCUGGAAAUUGAUGCAAAGCAGAUGAAAAGGUAAAGCAAUGACCUUGCUUAUGUGCUCUUGCUCUUGCUGAAACUUUAUUCCAGGGUAAUUGACUAGAAUAAGAUGGAAAGGUAUGGAUGAAGCACUACAAUAACCUUGCUGUUCCU